AUGGCAACCCUUCUAGCCCCCUUUAACACAGCCAUGCAGCUGGGAACUGGCUUCAAUUCGUUUACUCAACAAAUCUGUGUCAAUGGGGCUGUUACAUCCUCCAAAGAUGGUAGCGUUCCAGACAAGAAAGAACCAGAUCCAGAGAAACCUGUUGCCCAGGAUGUUGUCUACAAGACCUCAAUCGUUGAUAAGGUCACAGAUGUGACCAACGAGAUGAAUGUCAACGCUGCCUUUUCAAUCAAAUAUGACGCAUUUGAUGCCAAGGGCAAAGUUGGAUUUUUAAAUACCUCCAAGGUUAAGGAGGCAGAUGCAACAUUCAUGAUCUCUGUCAAGGUCGUGAACCAAGUCAUCUACGACCAUUCCCUGAUCAAUUUCCAACCGAUCGAAGGCAUCAGUGCUGAGAACUUUACUGAGGUCUACGGUGACUGCUUUGUGUCCGGCUAUCAAGAGGGCGGCACAUUCACUGCUGUUAUUUCCGUCAAGGCCAGGACUGAAGACAAAUCUCGUGAAAUCAAGGCAAAGGCCGCAGCUAAAUUCACAAAGACCAAGGAGGCAACAGAGGCUGAAGGGGAGAAAGACGCCACAAACGGAGGUGCCUUGGCUAUCGAUUUCAGGAAAGACGACAUGAGCUUCCUAGAUGAGAAUGAGACUACUAUCUCCGUCAGUUACACUGGUGGUGGCCAGGGUCUCAAGGAGCCUGGCGAGGACUGGACAUUCGAGACCAUGCGUAAAGCCGCUCUGCAAUUUCCUCACCUUGUCGCCAAGACUCCCAUGCGCACCCAUGCGAUUUUGACCAAGUAUACUGCUCUGCGCAGUUACCAUGCCCACUUCGGUGGGCUUAAGAUGCCCGCUUUCGAGAUGGCUGGUGUGUAUUCUACUAUCCUCCAGGAAGCAUACCUUGACUACAAGACCAUUGCCAAAAACCUCCAAGUCUUGGCAUAUGAUGUGUCUGCAGGACAGAGCCGACUUAUCUCUGCUUACGAGAAUAGGAAGAAGAUUGAAGAAGCAGCCAAACCUGCUACACCCGCUGAUGCGAAUGGCACAGUUGUCGCCACUCCGGUUUCCAGCACCAGUAACGAUUGUUCAGAUGCUGAGCCUACGUCCAGCAAUGAUACGUCUGCCCAAAAGGUUGAGGAGCAAAAGCAGCAGCCAGGAGAUCGCCCGUACAUCUGGAAGCCUUUCAAUGUUAACAAAGACUUUCCUCCGACUCUUCAAGGUCUGGAAAACGCACGCAGUAUGGUUCGUAUGAUCCUGAUACGCAUCGUUCAAGAGAUCAACAUCUUGACCAAGUUCCCUGAGGCUGCAAUGGAUGAAGACAGAAUCCAGCCCCAUAUCAGUCCCUUUCUCUUCAAAGAAUUCCUCCCCGUCGGAGAACCUAUUAAGAAGGAGUUAGAGGAUGAGAGUGAUCUGGAUCAAGUGAACCGCCAAGUUAACAUGAUCAGGAAGGCGGGCGGACGAAUGUAG